GCCUGUGAUUUUGUCUGGCCUGCCGCUUAUAACCUGCUCGUCGCCUCGCCCGUACUUUGCUGUAUAGCCUACCAGACCGGCGCUAGUCUGAUGGCAGCCUACGCGCCCCUCGACCUCCCCGCUUCGGGCAAGCUCCCCUUCACCGACUACUCUCGCUGGCGGCUUCGCAUCUCGGACGACGGCGACCACACCUGGCACUACCUCCACAACGAGGACGAGGCCGCUGACUGGGCGCAGACGGACUGCGACAAAUACUGGCUGGGCAUUCCGCUUGACCUGCCCGCGCUCCCUAAGCCUACGAACGCCCUCGAGGCCGCGCGGAAUGGCUACCGCUUCUUCAAGCACCUGCAGACGGAGGAUGGUCACUGGCCGGCAGAGGAUGGCGGACCUAUGUUCCUGAUCCCAGGACUGGUCAUUGGCUCGUAUGUUACUGGUAUGCCCUUCCAGCUGGAGGAGCGGCUGGAGAUCAUCCGUUACUUGUUCAACCAUACGAACGAGGAUGGUGGCUGGGGAAUCCACCUAGAGGGUCAAAGUACCGUGUUUGGUACUGCGCUCAACUACUGCGCCAUGCGCGUCCUUGGCGUGAAGGCCGACCACCCCGUCUCGGUGAAAGCGCGUGGUUGCCUGCACAAGCUCGGAGGUGCGACAGGCGUGCCAUCCUGGGGCAAGUUCUGGCUCUCUAUCUUGAACGUGUACGACUGGGAUGGCAACCACCCCAUACCGUCAGAACUUUGGCUUCUGCCAGACUGGGUUCCUUUCCAUCCGCACAAGUGGUGGAUCCACACCCGGAACGUCUACAUCCCGAUGGGCUACCUGUACGGCAUCCGCUACAAGAUGGAGGAGAACGACCUCGUCCUUGCGCUUCGAGAGGAACUCUACACCCAAAACUACUACUCCAUCGACUGGCCCGCACAACGCAGCUACGUCGCCGCCGUUGACCUCUACACCCCGCACUCGUCUAUCCUUGAGUUACUCUACGGCGUGCUCGGCACGUACGAGCAGUGCGCCUUCCCUCCAUUACGACGCGCCGCCAUCCAGCGCUGCUACGAACUAGUCGUGAUGGAGGACGACAACACGGACUAUCAGACGCUCGGGCCCGUCUCGAAGAUGAUGAACCUCAUCGUGCGCGCACACGUUGACGGGCGCGAGAGCGUCGCAUACAAGCGGCACUUCGAGCGGCGGCAGGACUUCAUGUGGCUCGCCCGCGAGGGCAUGAUGAUGUGCGGCACGAACGGCUCGCAGCUGUGGGACAUCGCGUUCGUCGCGCAGGCGAUCGUCGAGGGCGGGAUCGCGUGCGAUGAAGAGUUCAAAGACAGCGUGCACGGGAUUGUGCGCUGGCUGGAUAACUGUCAAAUCAAGGAGAACCCGAAACACUACGAGACCGCGUAUAGGCACGCAACGAAGGGCGCGUGGCCGUUCAGCACGCGCACUCAGGGGUACACGGUCAGCGACUGCACGGGUGAGGGCCUCAAGGCCGUGAUAUACAUCCAGGACCACGUUCCUGGCGCGCCGCAGCUUGUCUCCGAGAGGCGACUGUGCGACGCCGUCGACAUCUUGCUUAGCAUGCAGAACCCCAACGGCGGCUUCGCGAGCUAUGAGCUUGUCCGCGCACCGCAGUGGCUGGAGUACCUGAACCCUGCCGAGGUCUUCGGCAACAUCAUGACCGAAUACAACUACCCCGAGUGCACGACGUCUGUCAUCACCGCACUGUCCAUCUUCCGCAAGCACAACGCCGAGUAUCGCGCACGCGACAUCCAACGAGUAAUCACUAAGGCGGUCGACUAUGUCCACAAGGCACAGCGGCCGGACGGGGCGUGGUUCGGCUCGUGGGGCGUGUGCUUCACGUACGCGACGCAGUUCGCGCUCGAGUCGCUCUCGCUCGUCGGCGAGACGUAUGCAAACAGCGCCGCCGUGCGCCGUGCGUGCGACUUCAUCGUCAGCAAGCAGCGCGCCGACGGUGGCUGGGGCGAGAGUUACAAGAGUUGCGAAAUUGCGCAGUGGGUCGAGCACGAGAAGACACAAGCGGUGCAGACGUCGUGGGCGGUGAUGGCGCUCAUGUAUGGAAAGUACCCGCGCGCGGAGCCGAUCGAGCGCGGCGUGCAACUCGUCAUGUCACGCCAGCAGCCGGACGGCUCGUGGCCGCAGGAGGCGGUCGAGGGCGUGUUCAACAAGAACGUAGCAAUCUCGUACCCGAACUUUAAGUUCGACUUCACGAUCUGGAUGCUCGGGCGUGCACAUCACUACCUCGCUGAGCUGCGCGGGGAGAAGGCGUGAGCGGGAUUGUGCAUGCAGGUGAGGGACUGGGGCAGUGCGAGUGUUGCUGAUAGACUAUACCUUGGUUGUAAUGGAGCAGUGCUUAUUGGUCGGUCGG